AACAGAACACGUCGCCUGAGAGAUUCGAACUCUCGCGGGGAAACCCCAUGUACUUAGCAGGCACACGCCUUAACCACUCGGCCAAAGCGACAUUAUUGUCACGAUCUCUGCUCUAAAUCUACAGAAUCAAAGCGUAGCAGAAAACGUGCGUAAUUAUCGUAAAUCUGAAGCCAUUUCUCGCAUAAAUUCCAUUCUCUUUUCAUCUCUCAGAUCUUCAAAUACUGUUCUGGCGGCGAAGAAACAGUGAAAAAAAUAAUAAUAAAAAAAUCAAGCACAGAGAGAGAUGGGAGUGGUGAUUAUCGACGGGUCAACGGUGCGAAACUUCGUGAACGAUGACGAGGUCUUCAACAAGGCCGUCGACGAGAGGUUCACGACGCUGGACCUCAACGACGACGGCGUCCUGUCGCGGUCGGAGCUGCGGAAGGCGUUCGAGUCGUUCCGCCUCAACGAGACUCACUUCGGCGUCGACGCCGCCACUCCGCCGGAGGAUCUGCCCAAGCUCUACGACUCCAUAUUCGAGAAGUUCGAUCUAGAUCAGAGCGGCAGCAUCGACCGCGACGAGUUCAAGAGCGAGAUGAAGAAGAUCAUGCUCGCCAUCGCCGAUGGACUCGGAUCGUCGCCGAUCCAGAUGGUGCUUGAAGAGAGCGAUAAUAACCUCCUCAAACAAGCCGCCGACCGAGAAGCCGCUCAGAUCAACGGCUGAACAUCGAUUCCAAUCUGAAACCGUCAAAUAAAUUCGAUCCUGUCGUUUAUUCGGCCAAUUUACUUCUGGUAAUAUCGUGUUUAAUAAGUUUUGGAUAUCCAUUACUGCAGCUAAGAGUUAUGGUGCAAGUUUGAUUACAGAAACUUGCAUUCGUGGUAUGUUUUUAGGAUCAAUAUUGUUGGAUUUGUUGGUAUGAAAUUAUUUCAACCAACCAUAGUUCAAUGAAUGUCAAUAAGAAGAGAUAACGAGUAUGAUAUGAAUGGUGAAAUUAUGUGUGUGAUAAUAUGAAAAAUGUUCAUUCAUAUCUUAGAAA